AUGGACGACGCUGAAGGAUUUUUGCGGCAAAAAUCGCAAGCCGUCACCGAGAGUAUCGAUUCCAAGAAAUGGGUUUGGAUCGAAGAUAAGGCUGAAGGAUAUCUCUCUGCUAAAAUUCUAGAAGUCAAUGGCGAAACUUUAUCGGUUGAAGUCAAUACUGGACAGCGAUUAACGGUUAAGCGUGAUUUAACCCAACAAAUGAAUCCAACAAAAUAUGACAAAGCUGAAGAUAUGGCAGCCCUGACCUAUUUAAAUGAAGCUGGUGUCUUGAAUAAUUUGAAACAGCGUUAUUUCAGUGGAAUGAUCUAUACAUAUUCAGGUCUCUUUUGUGUAGCUGUCAAUCCUUACCGACGUCUUCCAAUAUACACCGAUAAAGUAGUGGAAAUGUACAAGGGCAAAAGAAGAGCUGAAAUGCCACCUCACAUUUUCUCCAUUACCGACAACGCGUACAAUGAAAUGUUACAAGAGCGAGAAAAUCAAUCCAUCCUAAUCACCGGUGAAUCAGGUGCUGGUAAAACAGAAAAUACCAAGAAAGUUAUACAGUAUGUGGCGACUGUAGCCGGAACUGGAGAAACUAAAUCUGAAAAGAAGCAGAACUUGGAAGAUCAAAUUGUUCAAGCUAAUCCCCUUAUGGAAGCUUUCGGUAACGCAAAGACAAUCCGAAAUAACAAUUCUUCACGAUUUGGUAAAUUUAUUCGAGUACAUUUUGGCCUACAUGGUAAAAUUGCUGGAGCGGAUGUUGAAUCAUAUCUACUGGAGAAAUCUCGUGUUGUUUCACAAACUUCAGAAGAGCGAAAUUACCAUGUCUUCUACCAAAUUUUAACUGCAGCAGAUGACCAGAUGAAAGAAAAAUAUUUAGUAACGGGUAAACCUGAAGAUUACAAGUUCUUAAGCGAAGGCGUAGCGCGAAUUGAUGCAGUUGACGAUGAAGAAGAAUGGCAUGCGACAUGUGAUUCUAUGAAAACUCUACGCUUUACAGAUGAAGAGAGGGGCUUCCUUAUUAAAGUCGUUAUGGCUAUUCUGCAUUUUGGCAAUGUUAAAUUCAAGCAACGCCCAAGGGAAGAACAGGCUGAAUGUCCUGAUACCGCAGAUGCUGAAAAGGUGGCAUUCUUGCUUGGAAUUCAAGUUGCUGAUCUUGUGAGAUCUUUGCUGAGGCCAAGAAUUCGUGUGGGCCAUGAAUACGUACAACAGGGAAGAAAUUAUGAACAGGUUGUUUCUUCCGUAGCCGCAUUAUCUAAAUCUCUAUAUGACCGUAUGUUCAAGUGGUUAAUUGCUCGCAUCAAUAAAACUUUAGAAACAAAAUUCAGCAAGAAUUAUUUUAUUGGAGUACUCGAUAUUGCUGGUUUUGAGAUUUUCCAGGUAAAUUUGUUCGAGCAAUUGAGUAUCAACUACACUAACGAGAAGUUGCAGCAAUUUUUCAAUCACCAUAUGUUUAUCCUGGAACAAGAAGAGUAUAAAAAGGAAAAUAUUGAUUGGGAAUUUAUCGAUUUCGGUCAUGAUCUACAGCCCUGUAUUGAUCUAAUUGAAAAAAAAUUAGGUAUUUUAUCAAUUUUGGACGAAGAAAGUAUCUAUCCUAAAGCCUCUGAUAAGACAUUUAUUGAAAAAUUGAAGAAAAAUCACGACGGAAAAUCGCCUAAAUUUAAACUUCCAAAAAUGUCUUCUAAAAACAAGGCACACUUUGAAAUCGAGCAUUAUGCUGGAACAGUCGGAUACACUGUGAUGGGAUGGUUAGAAAAGAAUAAAGAUCCUUUAAACGACAGCGUUGUUGAUUUAUUAAGAAAAUCAACAGAUCCAAUCAUUGCUAGUUUAUUUGCAGACCAUCAGCCUGAAGGCAGUCGAAAGAAGGGUAGUCAGUUUUUGACAGUCAGCCAGCUCCACAAGGAACAACUGGAAAAAUUGAUGGUCAAUUUACGAAAUACCACGCCACAUUUCGUACGUUGCAUUAUACCAAAUGAGAAGAAAAAGCCAGGAAUCAUUGAAGCAAAUCUCGUUCUACAUCAAUUACGUUGUAAUGGUGUACUAGAGGGCAUAAGAAUUUGUCGUAAAGGUUUUCCAAAUAGAAUUAUAUUUUCCGAAUUUAAACAGCGCUAUGCAAUUCUGGCACCAGGUGCUAUUCCUUCCGGAAUGUUUAUGGAUGGCCGAAAGGCAGCUGCUAAACUUGUUGAUGCCCUUCAAUUAGAGCCCAAUGAAUUUAGAAUGGGAACAACUAAGGUAUUCUUCCGUGCUGGUGUUAUUGGAAGACUUGAGGAAUCUCGUGAUGAAAAAUUAUACGCUAUCCUUUCCAAAUUUCAAGCGCGCAUGAGAGGUUUUCUGAUGAGAAAAACCUUCCAAAAAAUGCAGGAGCAAAGAUCUGGGUUGCAAAUCAUUCAACGUAACGUUCGCAAAUAUAUUGUACUGCGUAAUUGGCAAUGGUGGAGAUUAUUUACCAAGGUUAAACCAUUACUUAAUGUUGCACGAUCAGAUGAAGAACUAAAACACAUGCAGGAAGAGGUAAAUGCAGGACCGAACUAUAGUGAAGGAAACCUGACUUCGUCAAUCUUAAUUAAUCUUUAG